AUUAAAUUCUCCGUCUCCUCUCUCUUGUCUCACUUCUCAAGCGUAGCAACCCUAAAUUGCCGCCGCCGCCGGCUUCUUCGACAGCGCGCAAGCUUCCCGAUCAGGCCACGCCGGAGCGCCUCCGACGUCGUUUUCCGAUUCAUCAGGAGAGCAAGCCACGUUAUUUACCGGAACUUUGGAACGGCGUGAGGCGUUCCCGUGCCGGAACGCCCGUUCCGGCCGUUCCACGCCCGUUAUUUUGUCAAGUAAGGAAGAAAAGAUUUCUCAAGAUGUCUUGGUGCACCAUUGAGUCCGACCCUGGUGUUUUUACUGAACUCAUACAACAGAUGCAAGUAAAGGGAGUUCAAGUGGAAGAAUUGUACUCACUUGAUAUUGAUUCUCUUGACAACCUCCGGCCGGUAUAUGGGUUGAUAUUUCUAUUCAAAUGGCGUGCAUGGGAAAAGGAUGACCGUCCUGUGAUUAAAGAACAAAAUCCAAACCUUUUCUUUGCUAGUCAGGUCAUUAACAAUGCUUGCGCAACCCAAGCCAUUCUUUCGAUAUUGAUGAACUGUCCAGAUAUUGACAUUGGCCCAGAAUUGUCCAUGCUGAAAGAAUUCACAAAAAAUUUCCCUCCUGAACUUAAAGGAUUGGCAAUCAACAAUAGCGAAGCUAUCAGAACAGCUCAUAACAGCUUUGCUAGACCGGAACCGUUUGUACCUGAAGAGCAGAAAGUCGCGGGAAAGGAGGAUGAUGUCUACCAUUUCAUAAGUUAUUUGCCUGUUGAUGGAGUUCUUUAUGAACUGGAUGGAUUGAAGGAGGGUCCAAUCAGCCUCGGCCAGUGUCCUGGUGGCCCUAAUGAUUUGGAUUGGCUACGUAUGGUGCAGCCAGUAAUACAGGAACGCAUCGAAAAAUAUUCACAGAGCGAAAUCCGGUUCAACCUCAUGGCCAUAAUAAAGAACAGGAAGGAAAUGUACACAGUGGAGCUCAAGGAACUCCAGAAAAAGAGGGAGCACCUUGUGCUGCAACUGAACGAACAUGCAAGCUCUGGUAACAAAAACAACUCCACAAUUGAAGCUUUGAAUACAUCACUUGCUGAAGUAACUGUUGGUAUCGAAAGCGUGACCGAGAAAAUACUGAUGGAGGAGGAAAAGUUCAAGAAAUGGAAAACUGAGAAUAUUAGAAGGAAGCAUAACUACAUACCCUUCCUCUUCAACUUUCUCAAGAUUCUGGCUGAGAAAAAACAACUGAAGCCUCUGAUUGAGAAAGCCAAGCAGAGAUCAAGGAGCCCAUGAUAGAUAAUGUCAUCCUAAUGCUUUAGAGCGUUCUCUAAAUUAUAUGUAUUCUAACCAGUUGAGGGUGCAAAUUCUGAUUUCUCCAAGUGGUAUUUUUAUGAAGUUGAGCCAACCUAAUGAUGGUAAUUGUCCUAAUACUGUGCUUAUAUAAUUUGUUUGAGUUUCUGCUAAAA